UUCAGUGCUUAUCUUGCGCCAAUGUAAAACAGACGUGAUUCUUCGUACAUUCAAUAUUUACCGUUGUGUCUGCCCUUGCAGUGUGUUUAUUUUGUGUUGUGUUACACUACCCCCCGCCACCGCCCUGUAGUCGGUACAGACAAAGAGCGGAAAAUUUUCAAUAUUCAAGGCAGUAAAAAAAACAACAAACUUUUACAAUUUAACGUUAAGCAUUUUUGCUUAAUUGCGUAGUUAAAGUUUGUGUUUAUUUUUGGCCAAAGCAGCGUGCUGGCCUAAAUUCCUGUUGACCGUUUAGAGCCUCAUUUUUGGAUGGGUGUGAAGCGUAGUAUGCAAGUGAACUGGUGCAGCAACAAGGACUGUUUGGGUCUCCGUAAGCGUGUCUGCGGAUUGCAUCAAACCUGGAAGUGGCUCCAUCAGACUCCCGCCCUCCACGAGUAUCUCAUCUCGGCCAGCUCGGUGGCAGCAAAUACACCGAAAACAACCAGGUUCUAAAGUCCAAGCCAACCAAACAACAAUAAAAGCAA